CAUUUCAUCAACUCAAAUCGGAGCAAUCUUCAAACCUUUAAGCACUCUUUUCAAUCUUUCAAAAUUUUCUCCUAACUUUCAUUUCUUAAACUUUUCAAUAUGGCUCCUAAUACCACCACCACUGCUGUCACCAAGAACACCCUUCUCUCCAAGGCUCCAAGCCUGUCAAGCCGUGCAUUUGUGACUUUCUUGGCUGGUAACGGGGACUAUUGGAAAGGAGUGGUGGGGUUAGCCAAAGGGUUGAGGAAGGUGAACAGCAGUUACCCUCUAGUCGUCGCGAUUUUGCCUGACGUUCCUGAAGAGCACAGGAAGAUUCUGGUCAAUCAAGGCUGUGUUGUGAGGGAGAUCGAACCCGUGUAUCCACCUCAGAACCAGACUCAGUUCGCCAUGGCUUAUUACGUCAUCAACUACUCCAAGCUUCGAAUUUGGGAGUUUGUUGAGUACAGUAAGAUGAUAUAUUUGGAUGGUGACAUCCAAGUGUUUGAAAACAUCGACCAUCUCUUCGACAUGGCUGAUGGUUAUUUCUACGCAGUGAUGGACUGUUUCUGUGAGAAAACCUGGAGUCACACUCCUCAAUACAAGAUUGGUUAUUGCCAACAGUGUCCUGACAGGGUGAGCUGGCCGGCUGAGUUGGGUCCUGAGCCUCCACUUUACUUCAACGCCGGCAUGUUUGUUUACGAGCCAAGCCUGUCAACUUAUGAUGAUCUAUUGAAAACCCUCGAAGUCACACCUCCCACUUCUUUUGCAGAGCAGGACUUCUUGAACAUGUACUUCAAGGAUAUAUACAAGCCUAUUCCUCCAAUUUACAACCUUGUGUUGGCUCUGUUAUGGCGUCACCCGGAGAACAUUCAACUUGAUCAAGUCAAAGUUGUUCACUACUGUGCCGCUGGGUCUAAGCCAUGGAGGUACACUGGGAAAGAAGAGAACAUGGACAGGGAAGAUAUAAAGAUGCUAGUGAAGAAUUGGUGGGAUAUAUUCGAUGAUGAAUCACUUGACUACAAUAACACUGCAGCAAGUGUGACUGAAGCAGAGCCAGGGAACUUGGGGCAGUUAUUGGCAGCGUUAUCAGAGGCUGGUGUUGUUCACUAUAUUACCGCCCCAUCUGCUGCCUAGAGAGGCUGCCGAUGAAGAUCCAUGUUUUUAAAAAUGUAUACAGUGUUCCAUGUAAUAAUUUAGCUGUGUAUAGGUGUAAAGGGUGUUGUCUUGUGGUGAGGUCUUUCCUUUACUAAAAGUGGGAGAACCUCCGGGAGGACGAAGACUUUUGUUCUUCCUCUUUAUGGAGUGUUUAGUUUGUAUAAUAUUUUAUUAUUAAAAUAGAAAGAUUAUUUUAAAGAUA